UGGUUAUAUAACCGUUUAGUGAAUAAAUUUGGCGCAUUUGUGUUGCCUCCUCUUCCAGAAAAACAAUAUUCUGGACGCUUUAAUGAAGAAUUUAUAGAAAAGCGUCGCCGUGCUUUGGAAAGAUUUAUCAAUCGAUUGGCCCGUCAUCCAAUAAUUCGAUACUCUGAAAUUUUGACUCAUUUUCUUAGUUGUAAUGAUGACACGGAAUGGCGCAAACGAGAAAAACAAUUUGAAAAUGAUAAAAUUGUUGGACAAACAUUUUUUCAACAUGUUUACCACCCAGAGUUUAAUGUAGAUGAUGGAGAAAUCGAUACCAUAGAACGAUUUGAAGCACAUGCCCGAGCUAUGGAAAAGUUGAUGCCAUGGAUUAAUGAAGCAUCACAAGCCCAUAAAGACUCAUUAGAAGAAAUACAACAUCAAUACCGUAGAGUUAGCUACGCAUUACUCCGGCUCAUUACAGGCCAUGAUACUGGUGAAAAUAAUGAUUCUGUAAAUGAAGAAGGUGCAUGGUGCUGGAGAGAUGGAUGUAAAGCUUGUCUUAGUCUUACUAAAGCCCUCCAAUCCACUGUUGAAAGCAUGCAGGCAAUUGCAGAUAUGUAUAAAUCGCAU